ACAAAUCUUUUAGUGUUUUAAUUAGGACAAUGAUUAAUAAGUAUAUAAAUGUACCUUUCUUCUGAGUAAAAAAUAGUGACCUUCUCAUCCUUUUCUUCCAAGAAUUCGAGUGAAAAAUAACUUUCGAAUAAAAAAAAACUAUCCUUCUUUUCCGAGUGAAAAAAAAAUUAAUCUAGCUAUAUCAGAAUUACGCAAAUAAAUAAUAAUAAUGAAUAACGUUGAACUUCAGACUACCAAAAACGUCUUCAUGGUAUUAAUCGCUUACCUUCAUGAUAAGCUCGUUAAAAUAAGUGCAACACUUACCAUUAAAAAUAAACAUCAAAAUUUGAUACUUACUGAACCUAAGAUUUUUUCACCUGGAGAAGUAAAAAAUCCACCAGACACAGUCAUAAACCCAGGAGAAAUUUCCGAUUCAACAGAAUUCACCGCUGGUUCGGGUCAGGAUUCAAGAGGAAUAAUAUCAUAUAAGAUAAUAGGGCAAAGAGGAUCAAACUCAAAUCCUCUGUACCUUAUAGUUACUUGGAAAGUAAAAUUAUCCGGGGAAAACUCAAUAAAUAUCAAUGUUCGUGAAUAUGAGGAAUUUCCAUCACUGGACAAAAGUUUACUUAAAGAAUUGCACAGAGGUAGUACUGGUAGUACUUGUCCAAAUAAAACCGUUAAGUAUCAUGAUAAUAGACAUGAUUUUAUUGUCACUGGAAUUAUUGAUAACAAGUCUAAUGCCAAAAUCAAAAUUACUCUUAGUCAAAAUUUUCAGAAUACUGAAAUAACUGAGCCUAUUGAAGUGCCUGACACUUAGCUUCUAUAUUUUCCCACCUCUCCUUUGAAAAAUCAUUCUUUUAAAAUAUUAUUUCGAAGAAAAAGGUGCACUCGGAUUUUUAUUGGAGGAUUAUUUCGUUGUUAUUAUCAUCA